AUUUAUAACAUUUAAAAAAUAACUAAAGAUGGCUUAAGCUUUUCGUUAAUGUUCGAAUAUGCAUUUUUUUGACCUGUUUAUCUAGGACGUUGAAUCAUUUGUGUUUUGCUAUUCCAGUAUUAGACACUACUAUAUACAUCACAAAAAUCGCUGGUCCUCAGGGUUAUAGCAAUAUAUUACGUAUGUUAUAUAAAAAUAGUAUUAAUACAAAACAACGUUUUCUUUCAUAUCUUCAGCCCACGUAUUAGUUAAUUACUAAUCUUCUGAGUGGAUCCCUGUCACAAAUUUAGUGGUAGUUGCAAAGUUGGGAACAAUGCCGUUAACGAAAAGAGUUGCAGACACCUACAUUUUUGCCUCCUGCCAUCCUCCCACAUCGUUGCUGAUGUUCUCUAUUCAAGUACCUAUUUGCAAAUCACCUUUUAACAACUGACUGUUUACAGCUGUCGGCGAGUGGUAGAAGUCAUAAAUCUUAGCCAUGGGGGUGUCCGGAAUAAUAUAUAUAUAUAUAUAGAGGGGGGGUGUUUAAAACAGAAUACUUUCAAUUUUUCUCUCCGACUUUGGCUUUUUUGCGUAUUUUACACUGUUGAUUGACUUCAAAAGUCCAAAUCCAGGGUAUACAAAAUAAGUCAAGCCGGACUGGUGCGUUUUUUUUUACGUAUGCUCGUUAGCCGAGUUAAAAUUACGUGACCAUGGAAAAAAAAAUCUAGCAUAUAUUUGGAUGCUUUGUUUUCACACUCCUCCCUCGCUUACAAGUCUGCCUGCUGUCUGUUUUCUUGUUUUACGACCCCCUCCCAACCUGUGUUCAUAUUUUGCGCAUAAGUUGUACAAGUUGAUUGUGUUGGGAAAUAUAGAGUACAACACACUCAGUAUUCAGUUUCUGUCUAAAUCUAACAUAAGACCAACACCGUAAAAGCUCGCUCUUGUCAUUUAUCAUUGCACCGAUGGAUUUAGUAAGGGAAACAAAUUACUUUUUCUUAUGUCUUUUUUAUAUUACCUAACUACACAUGAACAUAGCCUGACACCUCAACUAGAGAAGUGGGAUGAAAAGAGGUGGAUUUCCGCUUGUAGGUCCUCCUGUCCUACUCGCCUGCAAUUAGCAUAAUUUUUCAGUGGUGACGCUGUUUGAUGGGGAUUAACGCUCGUGCCUGGCACAUUCAAAGCCACCCCCGUUAUUUCCAAACAGCCGGAGAGGCCUGUGAUGACAAUACAAUAACCCACCAAAUGGGGAGUAAAGGGCGAAAAUAACACUCACAAAUGCCAGCACCCGAAAGUCAACGGGGAAAUGAGGCGGCGGGGAGUCGAGAGCCCCGUUCGGAUUAUGAUGUUCGGGUUUGCACGGUGACUGAGAGGAGAGAGGGUAAAGGAAGCGAAAUCUGAGGCCAUUGUUAUCAGCGAGCAGGGCGUACCAGUCGACAGGGCGGCCAGGAGCAGCGCUGCCUGUCCAUUUGCCGCUCUCCUCGCAUACCUCAGAUCUUUCAUGCUUAAACCGUCUUCCCCCUUAAGCCAGUCGAAGGGAUCAAACCAGGAGCGCCCGCACUGUGGCGCGGGCCAGCCGUGCUCGCCAUACCCGCCGUAUGACACUCGCUCACUGACUGAAAUAUCUAAACGAGGACUAGCUUUCGGCAUUUUUUUUCUUUGAUUGCAGACUGACCGAAUGUGAAAAAAAACAUGGUGCCCGCUCGAACGUCGCUCGUCUGUGGCUAAGGUCAGCUUCCAAGAGGCCGUUGGAAAAAGACCGUCACGUGACAUCGGGUGCCAAUGUUCUUCCAGAAGGUCGUCAGGACCCUGGUAGCCGGUAACGCGAAUUUUGGAAAUGCAGAAAACCACCUACUACGACAACUCGACACUAUUCGGAGGUUAUUCGUAUCAGGGGGCCAAUGGCUUCAGUUAUGAGGCCCAGCCAGCGGCUUUCCCGAGCUCGGCACACCUCGAUGGCGAUUACCAGAGGUCUGCCUGCUCACUGCAGUCGCUAGGCACUAGCGCACCCACACAGUCACAGCACGCCAAGACGAAAGAGCUCAAUGGCAGCUGUAUGCGUCCCAGUCUACCAUCUGAACACCACCAACCUCCCCAAGUUUCUCCUCCUCAAAAUCCUGUGAACCCAACUGGAUCUAGUGCACCCCAGCAGCCGGGGGGGAGCGGCAGUGGUGGAACUGGCGGCGGAGGUAGCACCAAAUCCUCCACCAAGUCAUCCACACUAGCCCAGAACCCGACCAUCACCAAGCAGAUCUUCCCCUGGAUGAAAGAGUCACGUCAGAACACCAAGCAAAAAAACAGCUCCCCCAGUGCAAGCUCAGCUAAUGCGGAGAGCAGUGGCGGCGAGAAAAGCCCUCCGGGUUCCGCGGCUUCUAAGAGAGCGCGCACAGCCUACACGAGCGCACAGCUUGUGGAACUUGAGAAGGAGUUCCAUUUCAAUCGGUACCUGUGUCGGCCUCGACGCGUAGAGAUGGCAAAUCUUCUCAACCUUAGCGAAAGGCAGAUCAAGAUCUGGUUUCAAAACCGACGCAUGAAGUACAAGAAGGAUCAAAAGUCGAAAGGCAUGGGCUCCUCUUCAGGGGGGCCAUCCCCAACCGGAAGUCCACCUCUGCCAAUGCAGUCCUCAGCCGGUUUUAUGAACUCCAUGCACACAAUGGGCAGCUAUGACGCGCCUUCGCCGCCAUCUUUCAACAAGUCUCAUCAAAACGCAUACGCCAUGACGUCAUCAUAUCAAAAUUCCAUGAAAGGUUGUCCCUCGCAACAGAAGUAUGGCAACACAGGACCAGAAUAUGACCCACAUGGGCUACAGGGUAGCAGUGGUAACUAUGGGACCCCUAAUAUGCAGGGUAGCCCCGUGUACGUAGGAGGGAACUAUGUGGAUGCCAUGCCGGCCACUGGGCCCUCUAUGUACAGCCUCAACCACCUGCCACACCACCAAUCUGCCAGCAUGGACUACAACGGUGCCACACAGAUGUCGGCUAACCAGCACCACGGACCGUGCGAUACACACCCGACAUAUACAGAUCUGUCAGCGCACCAUCCUUCUCAGGGUAGAAUUCAAGAAGCACCCAAGUUGACGCAUCUGUAACAGGUUAGGGAAAAAACAAAACAAAACAAAACAAAAAAACAAAUUAUAAUUGAAGAAACAAACAAACAAAUAAACAAACAAACGCGAACCCAGGGGACGAUGCAAUGGGGUUGAAAAAGAUGAUCCAGUGGUUUCUUGCCGUUUCAGUCACAGCAGUUGGUGUUGAUGUUGUCCUUACAUUCACCUGUGAACACAUUCAUUUAUUCAGAAGGCAUCUUACAAUCAGUUACGUAUGCAUAGCUCUGAAAGCCCUACUUAAAACAAAGAUUAUGAAUACUGGGUAAGUGUGGAUAGUGUGUGCGAAUUAAUAGAUUAUUUUUCUGUAUGACCUUGUGUGACUCCCUUUUACACCAUCGUUGGCAUGCGUGUAUUGUCAGCCUAUCGCCGAGUUCUUUACUGUAAAAACUGCUUGAGGGUGGAGCGUAGAAAACUCUUGAAAGCGGCGUUAAGAAACCACUGGAUUAUUUUUGUUCACUUCCCUUUUUUCCACAUACCUCUUUGCGUUUAAUAGAUUCGCUAAACUGUCAUUUUUUCUAAUUCAUCUGCCUAAAACCAUUAACAUAAAAACGUGUACGUAAUAAAUUUACGUAUAACAAGACUUCAUCCGACACUUUCCUUGGACUGAUAAGUUGAAUACUGUUUUCGCACUAUGCUGCAUAGGGCAUCCUGCCGUAAACCGACUAUAAUUGGGUAAUACUUAUCAAAUUGAUACAGGGUAAAGAUUUUUGACCAUUUGAGAAUUUAGUCAAUACAUAGUGCUCCCUACCUUUCUCAGAUGGUUGUGCCCCUCCCUCGUUCUCGUCACCCAACCACCUACCCCCCCCUCCCCAUUGAGUUUGCUUACAUUAGCCUUCACUAAUGAGAAAGGCAGAAAUUUUCUCAUGUCUUGACUUAACGUGGAAACAGGGUAUAAACGAACAAAAUGCAAGUUCGAGAUCCCAAGCAAUGGUGUAGACGUUUCGGUUUACGCCUAAUGCUUUCUCGGCUGGGCAUCAUUGUUGCACUUAGAGUUUACAUUUUGAUGGGUAAGGAAAAAGUAAAUCUUAUUUUGAAGCGAAAGACCUUCAAUCAGUGUCUUUCGGUAUGUGUUCAAACGAACAUUCAUAAAUAUAUAUUUAUUUGUUAUAGCCAGUUUAAAUACUUUCUUUUUUUAUUAUUAUUUAUCCCUCAUGUAUUUAUAUCGAGAAAGUGUACUUUUUUAGUAUUUACCUGUUAUAAGAAAAAGACAUUGUGUUCUUGUCAUUGUAACUAAUUUUGGUUAUUGUAUUUUUAGAGACAACUAGGUUUACGUUACCCCUGUACAUAAACGACUUGACUUGUACAGGGUGCGAGGCAAGGGAAUCAAACCGUUCCAGCAUAGUCGGAAAUUAGACAGUAUAGCGAAACUUUUUUUCCUUUUUUAAGAAGAAACCUUCAUUUGUUCUUUGUAGUUACAUUGAUUUUCUUGUUAAGAGUUGGCUGUUGAACAAUUCUUUAAUAAAAUAUUAUGUUAAUCAUU